GGCAAUAUGCUCGCUUUCACCCCCUUCGUUGCCCUGGCUCUUGCUGGGUCAUCGUCCGCCGCGACCUUCGGUACCCACCUUGCACUUCGUUCUACCCCGAGCUCCAACAAUGUUAUCGCCCAGAUGUUUGAAUGGCCUUGGACAAGCAUCGCGACCGAGUGCACUGAUUAUCUAGGACCUUUUGGGUACGGCUAUGUUCAAGUCAGCCCUCCUAUGGAGCACAUAACUGGCACGCAGUGGUGGUGCGACUAUCAGCCUGUUUCGUACACCUUGACGAGUAGACGCGGUACCGAGGCCGAAUUUGCGAGCAUGGUCUCCACUUGCGCUGAUGCUGGCGUCGGUAUCAUCGUCGACGCCGUUACCAACCAUAUGACCGCCGGCUCCGGGACUGGUUUCGCCGGCAACACGUACAGCAAGUACGAUUACCCAGCGGUACCUUACACGUCGAGCAGCUUCCAUUACUGCAAUGGUGCUAACGGCGCGAAGGAUAUCAGUAACUACGACAAUGCGACUGAUGUUUGGUUCUGUGAGCUUGAUAGUCUUGCAGAUCUUGCCCAGGAAGAGAGCUCUGUCCGUGACUCCAUUGCCGGUUACUUGCAAAAUCUUCUUGACAUCGGAGUCGCCGGAUUCCGACUCGAUGCGGCUAAGAGCAUUCCGCCUGCCAAUAUUUCUGCUAUACUGGGCUCCCUGUCUGGAUCUUACUACGAUACUCAAGAAGUCUACUAUGGAGCCGGAGAGGCCGUCAGCCCCGCCGAUUAUGUUGGAAACGGGGAUGUCAUCGAAUUCAGAGUGCCGGAGACUGUUCUCACCUACUUCACAUCCCAAGGAAUUGCCAACAUGGUGACGCCCUCGCCCAUGGGUUCUGCCUGGGGUUUUAUUGACUCAGACGUUGCCAACUCCAUCGUCGCUAACCAAGACACAGAACGCAGCGCUACGUCUCUGAACUACGAGUCUGCUAACAACGCCUAUGUACUUUCGGCCAUUUUCAUCCUCUCUUUCAAUUAUGGUGGAGCCAAAACUGUGUACUCCGGCUACAACUUCACGAGUUACGAUCAGGGUGCGCCACAGGACUCAAACGGAAACACUAAUGCCGUGACUUGUGACUCUAAUGGAUGGCGCUGCGAGCAUCGCUGGCAGGCAAUCGCCAACAUGGUUGGCUUCAAUAACGCGGUAGGCCAGUCGUCUGCGUUGACUAACAUUCAAGAAGGGACCAAUAACCAAAUCGCGUUCGGACGUGGAAGCAUCGGCUUCGUCGCUAUCAACAAUGCUGCGUCGUCGUGGUCAGCGACCUUCUCCACAUCCCUUCCUGACGGCACCUACUGCGACAUCAUCCACGACACCGACACCGAUCCUACGGUGUGUAGCAGUACGACCUACACGGUCUCCGGUGGGUCCUUCACGGCCACCGUUGGAGCCUACGACGCUAUCGCGAUCUACACUUCCUCUGGAUCUAGUAUACCCACUUCAACCACGAGCACGUCUACCGCGCCUACUUCAACCUCCGCGACCGUAUCUAUCACGUUCGACGAGCUCGAAACUACGAGUUUCGGGGAAAACGUUUAUCUCGUCGGGUCCAUCGCCGCUCUGGGCAGCUGGAACACCGCUAGCGCGAUCCUUCUGUCCGCGGCUCAAUAUACGUCCAGCAACCCGCUCUGGUCCGUGACAGUCACUCUGCCAUCUUCCACGGCGUUCGAGUAUAAAUUCUUCAAGAAAGAGUCCGAUGGAAGCAUCGUCUGGGAAUCGGACCCGAACAGGUCUUAUACGACUUCAUCGAGCGGCUCCGCGACUGUCAGCGAUUCGUGGAGAUGAGAACGAUGGCACACAAAUCUUCUCCGACGUGCUAUUUCGAUGAUUUUCUUUCUUCCCUUUCGCGAAAAUAGGACUCUCAGCGCGCUCACUUGACUCAUAUUGUGCCUCAUUGGCUCUCCGAAAAUUCAUCUUGAUCAAGGUUCGUAGAAAAUGUGUGAGAACUGUAUACCUCCAUACACGUUGUAGUUCUUACCUGUUGUUUGUAACUUUAUUUGAUAAUCGUACACGACGAUUGUAACGCAAUUUUG